ACGUUUAGAUUAUAAUUCAGCGAUGACUUACAAAGGUCAAUUCGUUAAUAAACUUCAACGAUAAUAUAUAAAAGCCAUUAUGUUUAGUUGUUUUGAUCAGUAGUUUUAAAGACACUUUCUAACCAUGAUAUUUUUUCAUGCGCUUAUUGUGUUUUCAGGAUUCACACGGUUAUUGUAUCUGAAGACAGAAGCUCCUUUUGACAUACGUUUGUGUCAUCCUUUAACUUAUAUCAAAAUUGGUCAUCUUCUUGAAACGGGAACUCGUCCGCUAUGUUUUCAAAAUAAACUGGAAAGAUUCCUCGCAGAUGGUUCGAAUAUUAAAUCCGAAAGUGAACUGAAGCUUUUUUUCCAAGUUACAUGUUCUGAACCUGAUGUAAAAAUAAGAUGCUAUGAGAAUAUAGUCGAAGAAUCCAAGAUGUGUUUGAACAAAACCGAAAAAGAGAUGUUGAAAAUUUUAGAAAAUUUAGACGACGCACUAACCUCAUAUGUUUGUAAAAACGAAAAAGAACUAACAAAAUAUUUUGAAGAACUGAAUGAAAGUUGUUUUGUUGGAUUGAGAGAAGGAAUCGAAAAAUGUUUUAACUUAAACUCCACUGGUAAUACGUUCCAUAAUAUAGCAACUUUCACUGUGAGUGAGUUUGAAGAAUCAGAAAAAUGUAUGAAUGAUGUUAUAUUCUCUCAAUGCUCUGAGAAUGUGAAGAAUGUUAUUUCAUCUACAAUGAAAAUUUUGAAAAAGAAUAUAUACUCACAGAAGAAACCAAAAAGCUUACAUCGAAUUGUUAGAGAUCUUGGCAUGUCUGAGAAAAUGCAAAGAAUCGAGUACCACGUGAAAAAUGCUUGUGUUAAAAAUGGAGAACUAACAGAAAAACUUGAGAAUACUUUGACUAAAAUGAAAAUUUGUAUUAGAGAAAAAAGCAUUUUCUUAGUACCCAAACGCGAAUAUAUAGCACAUAUGGAUAAUUGUACAAAGGACGCUAUUCAUCUGUUCAAAUCAUGCUUACCAGAAAAAUAUAAAUACCUUCCGAAAUUGAUAUUUGAUAUAAUUGAUUCAAUGGUCAGUUUCUUGUAUGAUGACUUCACUAUCAUUAGCUCGGAGCUUACGCCAUGUCUUCCAAAGUUACAAGAAGAAAAAAGUAACAAGACUUAUCAGGAAUGCGUCGAAAAGAUUAUGGAGAAUACUAAAGACGAACUGGUAGAUUCGAAGAGUGAAUUUUGCGAGAGAUUCAUUCCGCUCAAUCAGUGCUUCAUCACCGAAGUACACAAACAUUGCAAAAGCUCUCCGGAACUAACAAAAUUUGAGAAUGAUUUUAUGAACGCUGUCAAGAAACCUUGUGGUGUUAAGUGAACCCCGUUGAUGUUAUGCGUCGCAGUAGGCCCCAAACUAAUAGGUUUAAUGUUUAUAAAUAAAAUUCUCAGUUGAAAAAUCAAAAGCUUUAUUUUUUAAGUUGUCAGUUCACAAUUAAUAAUAUAAUAAGUCGACUGCAAAUCCAAUGUUGAAUCGGCACUUUUCAGACAACGUUUUUGGGACAAAUAUUGGAUAUAAUUGCGCGUAGUAUACCCCCAAUGUACUCGUUAACAUUUGGUGGACAAAUUUUAGCAAACGAUGUCUUCAUACAGGUUUCAAACUUCUCGAAAUCACUGAAAAACGUAAAAAAAAACAGUACAAUCAUCAAAUUUCAAUAUUAUGUAUUAAUAAAUCAUUAUCAUGGAAAAAAUUGACAACAUUGUAUGUAGAAUCAUUUUAUAAAUAUUAAAUUAUUACAAUUCUAA